GUGCCGAAUAAAAAAACAGGAAGACCACGCAGUAUUUAAAGGACUGAAUCACUAGGGUUUUAGUCUGUAAGCAGACUCGGUUUAGACGCGCCUUCUCUCUACCGCCGGGAUCUAGGGUUUUAUCCGAGCAGCGCUAAGGAAAUGGCUCCCGCCGCCCCCAAGAGUGGGAUCUUCGUCGGCCUCAACAAAGGCCACAUCGUCACCAAGCGUGAAUUGCCUCCUCGCCCAUCUGACCGCAAGGGGAAAACAAGCAAGAGGGUGCAUUUCGUGAGGAACUUGAUCAGGGAAGUUGCGGGAUUUGCUCCCUAUGAGAAGAGGAUUACGGAGCUUUUGAAGGUCGGGAAGGACAAGCGUGCUCUUAAGGUGGCCAAGCGAAAGUUGGGUACUCACAAGAGGGCCAAGAAGAAGAGAGAGGAGAUGUCCAACGUUCUCCGCAAGAUGAGGUCUGGUGGUGAUAAGAAGUGAGCACUUGAAGGGUUGUCUUUAUGAAUGUAGCUCAGUAUCUCUAAUAGUUUUGGUUAUGCAUUUUCGUAAGGGAUUUUUAGACAUGGUAUGAACUUUGUAAUUCCGAAUGUUUUGAGACAUUCAAUAUUUUUGUUGCGACGGAUAUUUGCCCUUCAGUUCUCAAGCUAUGUCUUUCAAGUUUGUGUGAUUUA